AAUUUUACAGUUUGUUUAUAAAUACAGAUAUUUCGUCAUAAUUCCAAAAAAAGUUCCUAUAUUUAGGGCUAAACUGGAUGAUAUCACACGUUGCAGGUGAAUUUUUUCGCAUCGUCGGAGACCAACCCGAAAUCUUCCGCAAAGGGGAAGAGUAUUUCAAAAUUCGUCUCGCAACUUUGGAAUAAAUCUAGACUUCUUCAAUCAUUUGAACAUUUGUCAUUCAGCUUCUAGCACAGAUUUGUUCAAGCUUUCCACUAUUCGGAUAUUUCAAGAAUUUUUAGGGAAUAAAAACAUGAGGUUUUUCGUAUGGAUUUAUGCAUUCGUAGCAUCCUUGGUUUUACAAGAUACUGUAGCUUAUUUUGGGCUGACAUCAAAGGGACAACUGCGGGAAAUCAAACCGGUUGACCCAGAAGCUAUAUUUCUGGCAGGAGACACUAAAGAUGAAGUGUAUAUGUGGAGUGAAAAUGGAUACUAUACAGCACCGUCUAACGGAUACGAAAGAAUAGAUUUAAGCCCAAAGCCUGAUACUGAUUCAACGCAGUCUCGAGGUCAAAGACUUAAAAAAGACGCGGAGUCGAGAAAUACGAAUUCAGAAUCGCCUGAAACUGGAAUAUCAAGGGGUGAUACUGGAAAUCCAAUACCUCAUAUACAUCAAAACACAGAUGGGACUGCUCAAGGCGUCUAUGGGAAUACAGAUAUGAAACCGACAACUGGACAAAGACCAGAUCCACACACACGUCUCACUCCAUCUUACACCAGAAGACAUGCAGGACCACACCCCGGAUAUCGCAAUUUAAGGGUAUCUCAGUAUCCAAGACGCCCUUAUCAAGUUCCGCAGUUCAGGUACCCACCAGGAAUGUACAGAUACGGAAGAGACGGACUGAGAAUGAUAGCUUCGUCGCAAGGACCGCGUGUUACAAAUGGAAACCGACAAGCUUAUAGAAUGUUUGAUCAAGCGAUAUCCCCACCGGUACAAUCCGUUAAUAUUGAUGGCAUAGUUUCAAGCAAAGAUGGCUCGCAACCAGCUUACGAGCGUUAUCGUCAAAUAUCUCAGCAGCAGCGACCAGCGACUGGAAAUCCAGAUCUCCACCAAAGAUCUAGACAAGGACCAAACUAUCGGACUUCAUCGAGCAGUCGUAAUACUGAAAUAUCGGAUGUCAAUAUUUACCAACAAAAGAGAAUGGAGUAUGCGAGAAAACGAGACGUAAACGGCCGAAUCAAUCCGAUUAUGCAUGCAGUCCAUUCUGGAAAACACAUACAAGAACGAGAGAGAUCGCUUGCCCUGGAAGUCCCGGCAGAAUCUAAAACAGAAAACAAUGCCGAGUCAGGAGAUAUUGAAAUCAAACCUUUGUUUAGGUCUGAAGACAUCCCAUCUACCAUGACAUUUAUGGGCGUGGACGAUAAAGGGCACGCCUAUGUAAAAGUAAACGAAGAAAUAGAUGCCUCAUCGUUUUCAGCGGCUCUUCGAUCCGACGCAGGAUCUCGCGCAACUGAUUUACCCCCAAUGGUGCCAUCGGCAGAUAUAAACCGGAGGAAAUCGAAAAAGAAGUGUGACGAGAUUAAAUUGACCAGGAAACAAAGAAAGUUAUGCAAGAGAGAUCCUGGCCUCCCUCAAGUUCUACACGAAGCUACGGCAACAUCAGUGGCAGAAUGUCAGCAUCAGUUUCGAUUUGAACGUUGGAAUUGUACAACUGGGAAUACGAGAAUACAUUUACUUUCUAAAGGUAACAAAGAAACUGCUUUCUUGUUUGCCAUAUCCUCAGCAGGACUUACACAUUCAGUGGCUCGAGCUUGUGCUGAAGGAUAUUUAGAAAGAUGUUCAUGUGAUGAAACUUAUUCUGAUCAUGUAAAUCAAGAAGCAUGGAUGUGGGGAGGAUGCGGUGAUAAUGUACACAGUGCAUCAAAAUUUGUCCGACAAUUUCUUAAACCAAAAUCAAGAAGCCGAGAUAUAAGGGCGGAAGUUGAUAAACAUAACAGCGACAUGGGUAUAAGGGUAGUGAGACAGAGUGUACAAAAAACGUGCAAAUGUCAUGGUGUUUCUGGAUCUUGCACAACAAAAACUUGCUGGCGAAAGGUUGCUCCGUUUUAUGAAAUUGGACAAAAAAUUAAGGAAGCUUAUGAUAGAUCAGUGAAGGUUGGUAGUAUAAACAGUGCAGAUGGAAAACCAAAGCUAAUUAGACUACGUCGCAGCAGAAGAAACAGGCCAGAACUACGGCCAAGCGUUUCAAACUCCACCAACGUCAGUGCAAUGUUUGACACUACGUCUACCAGUGACAUUUCUGGCGACUCAGGCAACAUAUCGAGAGUUGGUAGGCCACGCCUGAGGGUUGAACGGAGACGGAUCGAUAUAGGCGGAGUGAGAGAAAAUCCGCGAAGUAAUGAACUAGUAUAUCUCGAGAAAUCACCACAGUAUUGUAGGCGUACGCGAUUUUCUCUCGGCACAAAGGGAAGAUUAUGUGAUAAGAAUACGAACUGCGAUAAAAUUUGUUGUGGACGUGGUUACACAACACAUAUUAGGAUAGUUCGGAGAUCAUGCCAAUGUGAAGUUCGAUGGUGCUGCUACGUUGAGUGCAAAACAUGCACGGAGAAGAGAGAGAUCCACACUUGCAAAUGAUGAUCGAAACGAGAGGACACCAGUCAUUCUUUUAGUUUUGGCUGAGCGUUCGCAUUAGGCGGAAACACGUGCAAGGUGUGUCAUAUGUGCGACACUUCGAGAACGUCGUCACUGUGGUAUGGGUUGGUCGAAACGACCUGAAUGGUACGCUCCUUGGACUGACUCCACAAUUCGUCAGAAUGUUACACUAAGUUUUCACUAGACCCAAAAAUGUCCAUUCUUUGAAAUUUUGCACUAGAUAUUGAACAUUUUGCACAUUGCGUUGUGGUGUAGAUGGUGGUGUUCAUUCCCGAUUUCUUAUUACGCUACUACUGUUCUGUACGAAACGCUCAUUCAUACUUGAAUGAGAAGAAGUUGAGAGUGCGCAAAAAGAAUAUAUAUGAGCAAAAUAUUUUAAUAACAAUAAUUGCUUUCUCCGGAAAGUUUCCGUAAAAUAUUGAAAAAAAAGCACGACCAUUUACGUCUAGCAGCUUGUGAUGCAGUAUUUCGUAUGCAGUAUUAUAUUCCAACAAAACAGAAGUUAUGAUAAUCUCUAUAUUAAAACAAUCGAUAACACCAAAAUUAAUAAUUAAUAAUUAGCAAAGUACUAGUGAGAUUGCUAUCACAUUACAACACAAUCGAAUAGGAGUUUUUUUUUGCUUGUAAUUUAAAAACUAACCUUGUUGUUGGUUAGUGGGUAAUAAUUCAGGAAUACCCAAAUUUGAUUUAAUGAAUUUUAUCGAUAAAGUUGUUUUCUGCUCGACUGAAUAUUAUUCUAUUGAAUUAUUCUGAUCAAACAAAACACUUUUGAUGUUUUAUUAAAUGACUAUAGUUUUUGGAAUAUGUUCCUUUUGCAAAAUUUUCUGUAUUUUAACAUUUUUUGUGCUUUGCGUAUAUUUUAUUUAUUUAUUUAUCAUAUUUUUUCAUAAACAUUUCCAUUGUCACAAUAAAGGAUAAAUCACAAACUUUGUUCCGAAAGCAUUUUUAAUGAGUACUUCGGUAUAAAGUGUGUUAGCCACAAAUUCAGUUUUUUUAAAAAUUAAUGAACUUGAAUAUUCAACAACAUCAGCGAAUAUAUACAUAUAUAUAUAAGAUGUUUGCGCACACACUCUUUCGGGCGCUCCAGAAGUG